AGCAGUCUCCCUCCAUGCUCCAUAGUAAGCAAAUAAGGAGCAUAUACUGGUUAGUUUUGAUUUUGGCAUCUUGAAGCAAGAGGAGAAGGUAGAAGGGGAGUUGUGGUAGCCAGGCUUCACAGUUCACUCUUCAGAACUCAAAUGGCACCAAGCCGUUGGAUGAGACCCGAGGUGUAUCCUCUCCUUGCUUGCUUGACAUUUGUAACAGGCAUGUGCGUCUUCCAGCUCACUAGGAACCUUCUCAUUAACCCUGAAGUCAGGAUCAACAAAGCUAACCGUGCAAUGGCAGUGCUUGAGAACGCGGAUGAAGGUGAGAAAUAUGCGGAACACAGUCUCCGCAAGUUCGUACGCCAGCGCCCACCGCAGAUUAUGCCUACCAUCAAUGAGUUCUUCAUUAAGAAAGACUAAAGCAGGAGUUUCAUUUUAACAACGAAGUAGUGAUACAAUAAGCCUAUGCUUCUCGUGAAUUGAAGUCUCUUGGCUGUUAUCUUCCCCUUCCCCACUUCUAUAGUGUAAAAGAGUGAAGUAAUUUCAUCUCUUGCUCCUUCAAAUUCUGAGUAAUCAUCGUUGUUCCCUUCGUCCAUCAAAAGUAAUGAAUGUAUAUUCAAGUGAAAGUGAUGGCUGUUCAUAAAGAAUCAAUCAAUCAUCCUUCAGUUUCUAUAUCA